AUGUCUUUCAAGUAUGCAUAUGAUAAAUUUCAUUUGUGUUCAUGUAAAUCUUACUAUCUGCUGAAGAUUCCAUCAGAUUUCUACUACAACAAGGACAGCGGCAACAUCGUGUAUAACCGUCGGAUGAUCCAUCAUUACAAGCAGUACCCUCCACAUGAAAAGUACAUUCACGUAGCAAACCUCUUGGAAGACCUUUACGCUUUUUAUCGACGUACUCGCAAGGGAAAAUUAGCUACACAAGACGACACUGUGCUGUGCUCUGCCGUCACCAGCUUUCUCACCAAAGUAUACCCAUCCAAGCUUUCUAAUGAUGGACAGACAUUGACAACGCAAUAUGUUUUUAUCCUACCUUUUAAGAAGUAUACAAACAGGGAUUUCAUUGACACGACUUUGCGCCCAUUGCUUCAUAAUACUCCGUGGCUUACAUCAGAAGAUCUAGCUAGUAAAACUGUCUUUUACAGCAGAGCAGACACAUACGCUUAUCGAUUGAACGAACAAUACGAACUUUGUUUGGAGAGAGAGAGAAGAAAUACCUGUUUUGCACUUUGCAAAAGACACAUGAUCAACAUCGACUAUUGUUAA